GCUGCUGGUUGGGGAGGGCUUGGCUGGGGUGGGGCUGGGAGGGGAGAUCGCUGGGGGCGGUGCAUCCAGCUCUGGGCCAGGGGGUCCAAAGUGCUUGCCCGGUCACAGCCAGACUUGGGGGCCUGCGUCCAGCAGGGGACAGCCUGAUUGGGGAUAAUGGCAUCUCUCGACCACAUCUUGGUUCUCUGUGUGGGUCUCCUUGCCAUGGCUAGAGCAGAAGGUCCACAGGAACAUGACCCAUUCACCUACGACUAUCAAUCUCUGAGGAUCGGAGGCCUCGUCAUCGCCGGGGUCCUCUUCAUUCUGGGAAUCCUCAUCAUCCUCAGCAGAAAGUGCCGCUGCAAAUUCAACCAGCAGCAGAGGACUGGGGAGCCUGACGAAGAGGAGGGAACUUUCCGCAGCUCCAUCCGCCGUCUGUCCAGCCGCAGGCGGUAGAAGCACUGGCACCCCGGGACGCAGCCAGGUCCUGCCGCGCCGUCCAAGCCUGCCGGGCGGGGCGGAGGGGGCGAAGGGCCGGGGCGGCUGGCUCUCAGGAGAGCCC